UUGUUGUCACUUUAACUGUCAUAUGUCUAUACUGAAUAUGCAACAGAGAAUUCUAUACCGGUUGUGUAGUGUAAAACAAAAGUGAACAAAUUGAUAAAGUAUUAAGUGUGGAUGAACCGUAUCGGUGGGAGAACUGUGUGUUUUCAAAACAAACAUACCAGGUGACUGGCCUAACACCACUAGCACUUCCGAUCUAUGGCCGAAACUUUAUUUGCAUAUAGAUAAGUGAGCACAACAAAUGCAAAAUGUUUCGAACAGACAAAUCGAAUAAGUUCGAUCUAGGAGAAUUCAAGCGAAAGCUUAAACGUCUCGCGGAUGGCAGUUUUUUAUCCUACAGACGCAUAUUUCUGCUCUUAUUGGGAAUCUGUAUAUUUUUCUAUAUUUUGCCACCCGUGUUUCGAUAUCUAUUCAUGAGUACGCCGGAAGUAAAAGAUCCACAUAUGCAGUGCAUGGACGAUCGUUUAACACCAUUUUUCCUACAAAACUAUGAAUUCGAUGCAAAUAUACGUCACGUGCCACCCCACCCCGAAGAGCGUAAUUUCAUACCGUAUGUAGGUAAUGGUUACAUUGGUAUGGAAGUGGCACACGAUGCUUCCUUGAACAUUAAAUCCGGUCGUUCUAUGCAAUUGCCAAUGCAAUUUCAUCCGGUUGUAUCGGUAGCACAGCGAAACGAAGCUGGACGCGAAGCAACGGUAGUCGAAUAUUUGUCGGGUACAGUGCAUAGGUUUCAAUGUUUUAAUAACUAUUUCGUCGCCUAUACGUAUUAUGCGCACCGUACACAUCCGAGCGUCUUAAUGCAAGAAAUAAAAAUCACGAACACUCGUAACACCAUAGAGGAGGUGGAGCUGAUUUUUCCACGUAUUUAUUUUCAAUCACCAACUUCACAUGUGAUUAAAUUGGGUUCAACAACUCAAUCCUCUGUACUUAAAGAAUUCGAAGUGAGUACUGGUACAAUUUUAGUAACUCCAGACGACCCUACCAAUGUGAUUGUAGUAAGCGUCGUCAAACCACAAAUCAAUCGAAUUGUACAGCUGAAAAAGCGAGGCGCUAUCAAUAUAGUAUUCCCAAUUGCAGUGCAUUACUCACAACCGAUUAAACGUGACAAGUUGACAGAAACUGUACAAGAUAUGGAAAACAAAGCUAUACAAGCGAUGACAAAAGUUUUGCAGAAAAUACAAAACAAAUCGGAGCAACAACCAAAUCCACACACAUUUCAUCAGGAACACAUUAAUGUUUGGUCAGAUUUGUGGGCUACUGGCUUCAGUAUAAGCACAUCUAAAGCGGAGGGCAGUCUGAAUGGUGAUCGUAUCAACGCUUCCAUGUAUGCAGUGCUAUCGCAAACACGCAGUUAUGAAUAUGAAGAGUACGCUUCACUAAAAUCGCCUAGCAAACAAGAAAUCGCAAAAGCAUUAACGUAUGCUGAGGGCUGUUACGAUUCGUAUUACACACUGCAGGCAGAGAAUCUCUGGUUGAACGCAGACACAUUGGAAAAACUUAACAAUUUGGUCUCGUCGUGGAUGGUUACUUUGGAGAAGCAGGGCUGUCACAACCUAAUACGCGCUGGUGCUUCAGGUGUUAUACAAGCUAUGGUGCUAAGCUUUGGCAGUUUUCGUUUCAGCAAUCAACACUUAGAGUGUAACAUGCAUCCCAAGUAUCUGCAUCGCGAUUUUCAUUUCCGUCGCUUAAAUUAUGGCAAUAAGACGCAUGUCAAUGUCACAAUCACCGUGACUGAAGAUAAUAAGGCUGUCAUUAAUGUGGCGCUUGAUCGUUCCGAUCGCAGUUAUUAUGCCUGUGAUGGCGGCUGUUUAGAUGAUCCUGUGCUACUCACGCAAAGUCGUCGCCAGUUCCCGGUUAAAUUAACCGAACCAGUGACCGCAAUUCUUUAUAUUACCGAAGAUAAACAACAUAUGGAAGAGCUACAUAAGGCUAUACAUGUUAAAGAAGUAGUUGAAGCGCCGGCACAUGAACAGCAUUUGAUCGCACUUCACAGGCAUGGUCAUCAGUUAGGCGGUUUGCCUACGCUCUUUUGGGUCUCAGUUUGUGCAAUAAUUAUAGUAUUUCAUGCGUUCCUAUGUAAAUUAAUUAUUAAAGAGUAUUGCGAACCUUCGGAAAAGCUGAGAUACCGUUAUAAUAAACCAUGACCAUAAAUAUUCUAGUUAGAAAUAUUAUGAUUUGAGCCUAUUGAUAGCUAGUUCAAUAACUUUUCGCUUUAAUAUGCGUGUGUGUGUAUAUUUCAUACUUUUUAUGUGUAAUUAUAAUGUUUUCAUUACAAAAAUAAUACUAAUAUGCAAUUAAACACGAGCAAUAAUGAUUCGAAAUUCUUUUUUUUUUUUUGUUUUUCACAUUCAUACGUGGUCGUGCUACUUAAAUAUUACUGUAUGUUAAUUUUACUAAAUAAUAGUAUGUUUAAAUGAGUAUAAAUAUAUGAAAAAAAUAAAUAAUUUCAAGUUUUUAAAUUUUUUAUUAAGACAAUAUUUAUAAUAAUACAAUAUAUUCCCAAGUGAUUGUGAAUUAAUAUAAAAUUGCAACAGUUAAACAAAACAGCUGCUAGUCUACGGUACAAUUGUAUUGUAUGCGCGAAAGUAAGCUGACUAUUUUUGUUUAUUAUUAUUUUUUUUUUAACUCCAACUGUCAAUGCAUUUAAUUUAUAUUAUGCAGCAUUUAGUUAUAAUUCUCAUUUCUACAUUACUCCUAAGCAAUCAAUGCAAUCGAUUAUUCCAAAGACUUUACUUGGUUACGGCAUAAAUGGAUGCGGCAACAUAAGCGACAUUCUUCGUUGUCAGUCCGACUACUGCUAUGCGUCCAUCCUUUGUCAUAUAAAUACUAUAAUCCUUUAUAAGACGUGCCACUUGCUCCGGCUUCAAGCCUGUAUAGCAGAACAUGCCGAUUUGAUUGGUUAUAUGGUCCCAUGACUGCUUCGAGCCGAGUGCAACUAAUGUCUCCUUUAACUGCUUACGCAUCGUGAUGGUACGCGUAGCCAUUGUCUUUAAAUCAUCCAACCACAUGCAGAAGAGUUUCUCAUCCUUAAAUAUCUCAAUUGCGAUGCGUGCACCAUGCACGGGCGGAUUCGAGUACAUGGGUCGUAUAAUGGUCUUCAAAUUGGAUGUCACACGCUCCGCCUCAUCCUUAGAGCUGCAAACAAAAGUAAAUGAACCGACACGUUCACCAUAUAAACCCAUAUUUUUGGCAUAACUUUGUGCCAAAGCAAAUUGAUGUCCUUCGGCGCUGAAAAUGCGUACCGCUUCCGCGUCUCUGUCAAUGUCACCGCUGGCGAAACCCAGAUAUGCCAAAUCGAAGAACGGAUACAAAUGACGUGAUUUCAUUAUGUGCGAUAUUUCACACCAUUGCUCCGAAUUCGGAUCCACACCGGUGGGAUUGUGCGCGCACGCAUGUAGCAGCACAAUUGAACGUUCGGGUAUUUUCUAAAAUUCAGAUAUUUUAAAUUAAAAUUAAAAAAAGUUAAAUUUAAAUUUAAAAAGUGCUUCACUCUCAUGCGCCUAAAAGCCACAUACACAUAACGACUCGAAGAGCGCCUGCUCAUUCAGCGCACGCGUAUUUGGAUCAUAGUAACCAUAGUUGGCCACCUUCAAACCGGAAUGCAUGAAAAUCGGUUUGUGAUUCGGCCAUGUGGGUGUGGGCAAAUACACUACGCGCUCACCCUUCCAGAAGAGUCCCAAAAAUGCGGCACCCACACGUAAGGCGCCGGUGCCACUUAAGCUCUAAACACACACACAUGGAAAGGAAAUGUUGUUGCAUAUAAGUAAAUAUUAUUUAAUUUAUUAUUAUUUAAACGCACCUGCACUGUUGCAUUGCAUUUAUUUUUCAAAAUUUCCGAAUCUUUUCCCAGCGCCAAUUCUACUGAUUUAUUAUAGAAAUCUGCCAAACCAUGUAUCGGCGCAUAUUCCUUGUUCAUAUUUUUGGCUAUAACGCGAUUUUGUGCCUUUGGAAUUUAUAUUUCAAUAUUAUUUGGUAUAAAAAAGUGAAAUACGCGCAACACACCUCCUUCACACUGGGCAAAACCCACGGUUUGCUGUCGUCAUCUCGAUAUGCUCCAACGCCUAAAUUAGUUUUUUUGGGAUUUUUAUCCUUCAAAAAAGCUUCGGUGAUACCGAGUAUUGGAUCGGGUGGUGCCAGCUUCACAUCCGCGAACCAUGAUCUAUGUCAAGUAAUUUUAGUUUUUUUUUAGAUGUCAUAUUAUUUAAACAUAAUACAUACUUGUAACGUCUUGAGUAUAAUGGAUUACUUGCAGCUUUAAUAGCAGCGACACGUUUUGUAAGUUGAAACAUAUUUAUAUGGAAAAUUCUCUUUAUUGGAAAUUAUGAUUUUAAGUUUUUUCCUAUCCUGUCAACACCAAAUUCGUAAAAUAUAGUUGUUGUUUUAUGAAUAUUUUGAUUUCAAAGGGUGCUCAUGAGUUUUUUUUUUACGAAAAUACAAAAGUUUAUUUAAGCUCAAGCUAGGUGUAUCCAGCAAAAAAGGGUCGAGUCAACAUAACCUAAAAGGAACUGAAUUUUUAUUCCGUCAGAAAUGUUCUGGCGUACUUAAGAUUCCCAAAAAUUAUUUGGCAAACGUUUUCUAUAACUACAACAACAACAACACAAGUCUUUAUAACGCAUUGAGCGACUAAGUUGCACAACAACAGUACUACAUCGUGUAUUUACAAAAAAAAAAAACAAAACUAUUUAUGAAACUAGUUUAUUAAUUUGUGAUUUUACAGUUUUAUUUUUAUGGUAAAUGCUUUAAUUUAUACGAUUACAUGCUAUUGUUUUUGUUUUGAGCGAAUAUAAACGCAAAGGUACUCAAUGUACAUGUUACAUGCUUCAUUUUAUUUCUCUAAACUAAAAGACUUGGACUGCUAUUAUUCAUUAAAAUUCUACUAUACACACAUACAUACAAAUGUAUAUACGAGUGUUAGAUUGUAACGGCAACCAGGCCGCAUUGCAUUAAAAUUCAUUUAAUUUCAUUAUUUCGCCGAUUUUGACUUUACUUGGUCAC